UCCACCCCAGCACCCCAAUUUUCGAUGUGUCUCUUCUCCGGCGCAAAGCGCCGGGACUGAGUGAGGCGACCGGAACAUGCUGGGCAUGUACGUGCCGGACAGGUUCUCCUUGAAGUCCUCCCGGGUUCAGGACGGGAUGGGGCUCUACACCGCCCGCAGAGUGCGAAAGGGAGAAAAGUUUGGACCCUUUGCUGGGGAGAAGAGAAUGCCUGAAGACUUGGAUGAAAAUAUGGAUUACAGGCUGAUGUGGGAGGUUCGUGGGAGUAAGGGAGAAGUUCUAUACAUUUUAGAUGCUACCAACCCAAGACACUCCAACUGGCUUCGCUUUGUUCAUGAGGCGCCAUCUCAGGAGCAGAAGAACUUGGCUGCCAUACAAGAAGGAGAAAACAUUUUCUACUUGGCAGUUGAAGAUAUAGAAACAGAUACAGAGCUUUUGAUUGGUUACUUGGACAGUGAUAUGGAGGCCAAUGAGGAUGACCAGCAGAUUAUAACGGUGGUCAAAGGAGAAGUUGAAAAUUCUAAAGGACAGUCAUCAGCUAACAGAAAAGAUCACCUUGGCUGUGAAGAUGAGUAUGCCUGUCCCCAGUGUGAAUCCAGUUUUACCAGUGAGGAAAUUCUUGCUGAGCAUCUUCAGACAUUACAUCAGAAGCCCACAGGGGAGAAAGAGUUUAAGUGCAAGAACUGCGGGAAGAAAUUCCCAGUUAAGCAGGCUUUGCAAAGACAGUGCUGUCUUCAGUGCACAGCAAAACACAGUCAGAAGGAUUCUUCACGAAGUUUUCAGUGUUCUCUUUGCAGUUCUUCCUUCAGUUCAACAUUGAGUUUUGAGCAGCACCAGGAAAUUUGCCGGGGGGAUGCCAGAUUCGUGUGUAAGGCUGACAGCUGUGGGAAGAGGCUGAAGAGCAAGGAUGCCCUGAAAAGACACCAGGAAAAUGUCCACUCUGGAGAUCCUAAGAAAAAGCUCAUAUGUUCAGUGUGCAAUAAAAAGUGUUCUUCAGCAUCAAGCCUGCAGGAACAUAGAAAGAUUCAUGAGAUAUUUGAUUGUCAAGAAUGUAUGAAGAAAUUUAUUUCAGCUAAUCAGCUAAAACGUCAUAUGAUUACUCACUCAGAAAAACGACCUUAUAAUUGCGAGAUCUGUAAUAAAUCUUUCAAGAGACUUGAUCAAGUGGGUGCCCACAAAGUAAUACACAGUGAAGAUAAACCUUACAAGUGCAAGCUUUGUGGAAAGGGAUUUGCUCACAGAAAUGUUUACAAGAAUCACAAGAAGACACACUCUGAGGAGAGACCUUUCCAAUGUGAUGAGUGUAAAGCUUUAUUCCGGACUCCAUUUUCUUUGCAAAGACACUUGCUGAUACACAACAGUGAGAGGACUUUCAAGUGUCAUCACUGUGAUGCUACCUUUAAAAGGAAGGACACAUUAAACGUUCAUGUCCAGGUGGUCCAUGAGAGACACAAGAAGUACAGAUGUGAGCUGUGCAAUAAGGCAUUUGUUACACCAUCAGUGCUUAGAAGUCAUAAAAAGACACAUACAGGAGAAAAGGAGAAAGUCUGCCCAUACUGUGGCCAGAAAUUUGCCAGCAGUGGGACACUAAGAGUUCACAUCCGGAGCCACACAGGUGAGCGUCCAUAUCAAUGUCCUUACUGUGAAAAAGGAUUCAGUAAAAAUGACGGACUGAAGAUGCACAUUCGUACUCACACCAGGGAGAAGCCAUACAAGUGCUCAGAGUGCAGCAAGGCCUUCAGCCAGAAGCGGGGCCUUGAUGAACACAAGACUCAUACUGGCGAAAAGCCUUUUCAGUGUGAUGUGUGUGACUUGGCCUUCAGCCUGAAGAAAAUGCUGAUCCGACACAAGAUGACUCAUAACCCCAAUCGCCCACUGGCAGAAUGCCAGUUUUGCCAUAAGAAGUUUACGAGGAAUGACUACCUCAAAGUGCAUAUGGACAAUAUCCAUGGCGUCGCCGACAGCUAGCCGUAGCUGCAAAGGAUAAGCCGUUCAGAAGGGCUCUUAAGAUGCAGCCUUGAUUUUUCUCACCUGAUCCUUGUCACAGAAAUAGCCAAAAGUAAC